UGGGAGCGGAAGUAGCUGGGAAAGGAAUUGGGAUGUUGAAUUUGGAUGUUGAAGGGGUCACUGGUGGACGGUCUGACCGAGUAACUGGAGUUGCUGCCGAUGGAGGAUCAGGAUGCCAGGGUCCCAGCCCUGGAACCAUUCAGGGUGGAGCAGAUCCCUCUCCAACCCCCAGCUCUCAUGUGAGAGAGCCCACAAGGCCACAGUGAAGAUCCUGGCAGAAAGGAGAGUGCCACCCAGCACCCAUCCCUCACCUUCCCUAUUCCUUUCUCAACACCUGCUGGGGCGUGGCAAAAGAGCUUUUCCCAGAAGACUUAGGGGAAACCAAACUGAUUUUUUUUUUUGGCCAAGUCAUACAUCUUGCAGGAUCUCAUUCCCCAACCAGGGACUGAAUCCAGGCCACAGCAAUAAAAGCGCUGAAUCCUAACCACUAGACCACCACGGAACUUCCCAAACUGAUAUCUAGAAAGGUGGUGGUUAUUAUGGAGUUUAGGCUUCCUGUGCUAAGACAACUCAAUCCUGCUACUGUUAUAGGGAAAAGGAGGUUACAACACAUGUUGAAAGAGCCCAGUUCAGGCCCUUGAGAUUUGGGGAAUGAAGAAUUUACAAUGUUCAGGUUUCUGUGCUGAGAUAAUUCAGGCCUCAGAAUGUUACGAGUAAACGCUUCCCUCUGCUGAUAGCUCAGCAUAGACCCAGAGCCUUGGGAACAAGGUUACCAAGCCCAGACCACCUGUGUUAGAUAGUACAGUCUGCAUUCUAUUCUUAAGGUUUGGGGAAAGAAGAGUUUUACAAAGUUCAGAAUCCAUGCACUGGGAUAGCCCUUUGCAGCCCCAGAGCCUUGGUUAUAGAGCCUGAACCUGCCCUGUGCAGUCUCAACUACUCCUAUCUUGUUUGAGUCCCAGGAAUGAGUUAGCUUAAAAGCUCAGACUCUCCUACUGAGAAAACCCAUCCCAGCCCCAUUACCAUGAAGGGAAUAAGGAGAUUUCUUAGGGUUAUUUUUUUAAGGAUGCUUUUUGAUUAAUUAAUUAAUUUUUGGCUGCUCUGGGUCUUCCUUGCUGUGCGCAAGCUUUCUCUAGUUGCGGUCUUCAAUGCCCCAAAGCCAAAAUGGACCCAGCUGUCCGGGAGGAAGUUACAGAACUGGGGUGGGCUCCCCCAUCCCCGGGGGAUGGUUCCUGAGCGACUGCCACCAUGGCUCCAGCGCUACGUGGACAAAGUGUCUGACCUCAGCCUUUUUGGGGGUCUCCCAGCCAAUCACGUCCUUGUAAACCAGUAUCUGCCUGGGGAGGGCAUCAUGCCCCACGAGGAUGGGCCACUGUACUACCCGACCGUCAGCACUAUCAGCUUGGGCUCUCACACCGUGCUGGAUCUCUACGAGCCUCGGCAGUCAGAGGAUGAUAACCCAACAGAGCAGCCGCGGCCCCCGCCGCGACCGGCCACCUCUCUGCUGCUUGAACCGCGCAGCCUGCUGGUGCUCCGUGGCACCGCCUACACGCGCCUCCUCCAUGGCAUCGCGGCAGCCAGCGUAGACGCGCUCGAGGCAGCCUCCCUGCCGCCCAACGCCGCCGCCUGCCCCUCGGCGCAGCCGGGAGCCCGCCUGGUGCGCGGCAUCCGCGUCUCGCUGACCAUCCGCCGAGUCCCCCGCGUGCUGCGCGCUGGCCUCCUGCUCAGCAAGUGACGCUAGGACCCAGGACCCGCUCGGAUUCCCGAGCCCGCUCCCGCUCUGGACUGCUACCGCCCUG